UGAACUUGUUUAAAAUGAAGUUACUAUCAUUAUUGUUCUCUCUCUUCUACUUCUUACACUCCUAUUCUUAUUAUUCUGCAAAUAUUAACUUUAAAUACUUCAUGUUGGCCGAAACAUGGCCAAAAUCCUUCUGCAAACAAAAGCAGUGUAUCCCAAAUGUACCAUUACAGUUUUCUGUGCAUGGCCUCUGGCCUAAGAACAACACCCCUCCUCACACAUAUAAAUGCACAACAGAUACAAAUAUGGUUGACCUAAACAAUGCUAAGCUUAAAAAAGUGUGGCCGUCUUUAACCGGAAACAACAAGGGAUUUUGGGACCACGAGUGGAACCAGCAUGGCACUUGCUCCACCAUGUUAUCGGUUGAUUACUUUAAUCACGCUAUAAUUCUCUAUGAGAAAAAUAAUAUCAAAGACAUUCUAAAGAUGCCUCUAAACCCAGGUGGAGCGGCGGCUCUCAUACCGGGUGGAACUGCGAAAUCAGCUGAUAUUCAGAAGCAUAUAAAGGUUAUUAUCGGAUUUGAACCACAACUUCAUUGUGAAAAGGGUUCUGCAGAUUUGAUGGAAGUUAGAUUGUGCUUUAAUACUGAUCUAGUAAACCCCUCCUAUAUGAAUUGUCCUUCUCAUUUAGUUUGUCCACCUGACAUAAAUUUACCAUUAUAAGUAAAAA